AUGCCCAUCAUCAAGGCAUUCGACCAUGCCAUCCCCAACGGACAGACCUUCCAGAACAUCGCAAAGGCCCCAGGCAACUUUGUCGGCGAGGUCGGCUCGGCCGUCGGCGGUGUAGUCAACCAAGACCAGCUCAAAGGCGCCGCAGUUCACAUGUUCGACCCCGAUGCGUCGCCCGCUGUCAAGGCUGCCGCUGCCGCCAAGGCCAAGGCCCAGCUCGGACUGCCUAGCCGGGACAAGGUCAAGGAAGGCAUCUCAGGAAGCGGGGGAGGUGCUAGAGCUGUCACCAUCGAUACAUCUACCGCUGGCAACACGCCUAAGCUAACCGUGACGCUUGCCGACAUCGACAAGGCGUCCCGCGCUGAAGGGCAAAGCGGUGACGCUGAGAACAUGCCUGGUGCUAUUCCUUCCAACGCCGCUCCUUCAGUGCCUACUUGGGUGAAGGCUGGCUGGGCUCAAGCAGCGGGUCUUGGACAGAAUGCAAAGGCUCAACAAGAAGCGAGUCUUCUGGAUACCUACCUCACCGAGACCAUGUACGGCGCUUGGUACCACAAUGCCGCUAUCAUUGCCUUCUCUGUUCUCGCUACUCGAUUUUUCACCACCCUCGGUCUUGGCUGGGGAUGGGUAUUAGUUAUCUUUGCCUUCUGCGCCUCCUACUACUCCAACUCUAUCCAACGCACCCGAGACCGAGCCAGGGAUGACAUCCAGAGAGAGCUCGUCAAGACAAGACUCGUCACCGAGACCGAGAGCGCAGACUGGAUCAACUCUUUCCUCGAACGAUUCUGGCUUAUCUACGAGCCUGUCUUGAGUCAGACCAUUAUCGCAAGUACUGAUGCUGCCCUUGCCGGCGUCGCCCCUCCUGGUGUAGACAGCAUCCGCAUGACCACUUUUACACUCGGUACCAAGGCUCCUCGAAUCGACUACGUACGGACUUUCCCCAAGACCCCCGAGGACAUUGUGAUUAUGGACUGGGCCAUCUCUUUCACUCCCAACGACAUCCAAGACGUCACUCCUCGCCAACAGGCCAAGCAGGUCAACCCCAAGGUCGUCCUCUCCAUCCGUAUCGGUAAAGGUGUCGUGUCCAAGGCGCUUCCCAUCCUCUUGGAGGAUAUGAGCUUCUCUGGAAAGAUGAGGAUCAAGCUCAAGCUCAUGACCAACUUCCCCCACGUAAAAACCGUCGACAUCAGUUUCAUUGAAAAGCCUACCUUUGAUUACGUUCUCAAACCCAUCGGUGGUGAGACUCUUGGUUUCGACAUCAACAGUAUCCCUGCUCUUGCGCCUUUCAUUCGCGACCAGGUGCAUGCCAACCUUGGCCCCAUGAUGUACGACCCCAACUCGUUCACUAUCGAUUUGGAACAACUCUUGUCCGGCACCCCUCUUGAUGCUGCUAUCGGUGUCCUCCGAGUCACCGUCACGGAUGCUCGUGGUCUCAAGGCUACCAAGCUUGGUGGAGGUGACCCCGACCCCUAUGUGUCUUUCUCUCUCGGCGCCAAGCCUGCCAUUGGCCAGACCAAGAUCGUUCACUCCAACCCGAACCCCAGUUUCCAAGAGACCCAGUUCCUCCUUAUCAACACUUUGGCCGAUGUUCUGAACCUCAACGUCUACGACUUUAACGACCACAGGCCCGACACCUUGCUUGGUACCGCCUCCCAUGAGCUCGGCUCCCUCGCUGAAGACGCCGAGCAGGAAGGCAAUGUCGGCAAGAUUCUCGGCGGCGGUAAAGAACGAGGCGAGGUGCGAUACGACUUGUCCUACUUCCCCGUGCUCAAGGCCGAGAAGGGUGCCGAUGGUACCCCUGAGCCUAUCCCCGACACUCAAACUGGUAUCGUCCGUCUUACCCUUCACCAGGCCAAGGACCUCGAAGUCUCCGGCGCCGUCCUCAGUGGUGGCGCUCUCAACCCCUUCGCUCGUGUCUACCUCGGUAACAGCAAACAAGAGGUUCACAGGACCAAGACUCUCAAGCAUGUCAACCAACCUAUCUGGGAAGAGGCUACCGAGUUUUUGGUUCCCGAAAAGCACAACUCUGUCUUCACCGUUGACAUCACCGACAACCGAGACUUUGCUUCCGACCCCAGCUUGGGUAAGGUCACCCUCCGGUUGGCCGACUUGCUCGAGGCAAAGGAGAAGCAGCAGGACUGGUUCCCUCUGUCCGGUUCUCGUUCCGGUAAGAUCCGAAUGUCUGCCGAGUGGAAGCCUGUUGCCAUGACUGGCUCCAUUGGUGGUGCCAACUCUUACAUCCCUCCCAUCGGUAUUCUUCGUGUCUGGCUCAAGAAGGCUGUUGACGUCAAGAACGUCGAGGCCGCUUUGGGUGGUAAAUCUGAUCCUUACGUUAGAGUUAUGGGCAACAACCGAGUCGUGACUCGUACCGAGGUCAUCAACAACAAUCUCAACCCUGAAUGGGAUCAGAUCGUCUAUGUCCCUGUCCACUCUACCCGCGAAAACUUCUUCCUUGAGCUUAUGGACUAUCAAAAUAUCGGCAAGGACAGGUCUCUCGGUCACGUCGAGAUCAAUGCCGGCGACUACAUCCAGAAGAGCGACGAUCAAGCGUAUCCUUAUGUCUCUAGCGGUCACCAAAUCAGACGCGAUCAAAUCAAACUCGACAAGGCCAACCACUUUAAGGGUGAACUCCACUACGAGAUCGACUUUAAGCCUGCUGUGUCUCUCCGAGGUGGUGUCUCCUUUGAUGUGCAAAAGAACGAACUCGAACUUGCUGCCGAGGCCGCCGAGACUGAGGCUGCUGUCAGGGGCUUUGAGCCCAUUGGCGUUGCUGAAGUAUCGCCCGAGGCUAACGGUUCGGUCAAGGUUGCGCCUGUCGACGCCCUUGGCGGUCAAGUCAACAAGGCUCCAGCCCCCAUCACCAACGGCGAGGCUCCUUCGACCGGUACCGUUGCCCCUGCCCCUGUCCUUGAUGGAGAGGCCCAGCCCGAGACUGCUGCUGAGGACCCCGAACAAGGAAUCGUCAUGUCCAACGAGGAGAUCCUCCAGAACCAAUCUGGUUUGUUGGUAUUCCAAGUCAUCUCUGGUAACCUUGCUCGCAAGGGUUCUCUCGAAGUCAUGUUGGACGAUGGCUACUGGCCUGCUUUCACUUCCGAGAAGGCUCGAAGCAACACCCCCACCUGGGACCAAGUCGGCGAGGGCUUUAUCAGGGAGCUCGACUUUAGCCGAGUCUGGUUGAGGAUCAACGCUGCUGAUGAGAACAGCAAGGAGGACGUCGUGGCCGAGUUCAAGACCAACACCAAGGACUUUUUGGAACAAUGUAUCAACGCUCCUUCCGAAUUUGUUCUUGUUGACGAGGAAGGUCGCAACAAGACCACUGUCCAAUUGGCUGCUCGAUUCGUGCCUGUCGACAUCACUCUCGAGCCUCGUGAGAGCAUCAACAACAUGGGUAUCCUUCGAGUUGACGUCGUCGAGGCUACUGGUGUCCACGGCGCUGACCGAAGUGGCAAGUCUGACCCCUACGUCGUGUUCUCGUUGAACGGCAUGAAGGUAUUCAAGUCUGAAACAAAGAAAAAGACUGUGCACCCUGUCUGGAACGAGAGCUUCGAGGUCAUGGUACCCUCUCGUGUCGCCGCCAAGUUUAGCUUUGAGGUCUUUGACUGGGAUCGAGUCGGAACCGCUACUCCUCUUGGUAGCAACAUUGUCGAUCUUGCUGCCCUUGAGCCUUUCGAGGCUUUCGAGUCAACCCUGCCCCUCAUUACCGACAAGCGCGGCGAGAAGGGCGCUCUCACCUUCAGGAUGCUUUUCACCCCCGAGAUUAUCGCUCGAGUUCGUCACAACACUAGUUCCUUCGCCACCGCUGGCAGGGCCAUGACCACGAUCGGUGGUGUCCCUCUAGGCGUUGGCAAGGGCGUGAUCCAAGGAGGAGGCGCUGUGGCUGUCAUGGUGGACCCCUCGACUGGCGCACCCGCCACUCCCGGUGCCAUCGCCAAUGACGGCUACGACGUCCCUGCUGGUCAGACAUCUGCUCCUGCCGGCACCAACGUUGAUGGAGUGCCUACUCAGAACGCGACUACGCUUCCCGUCGGAGAGUCUGCGGGACCUAGCGAGCCCGGAACUUUGAGCGUCACUGUUCUCAGCGCAAAGGACCUGAAGAGUGACAGGGAUGUGGCCAAGCCAUACGUUACUGUCAAGGCCGGUGGCAAGUCUUACAAGACCGAGCAUAUCAAAGGACUUACGCCAGAAUGGAACGAGACUUUCAACUUCAACAUUGCUCCCACCACGUCAACUUUCAUCGUUACUGUCUAUGACCACCACACUCUCGGCAAGGACCCUGAGCUCGGUGAAGCCGAAGUCGAUAUCUGGCGACAUAUCCAGCCUGCUGUGCCCAACGCUGACGUCUGGGUUGAGCUCAGCAGUGGCACCGGUCUCUUGCGGCUCCGGCUCGACUGGAACACUGGUGUGGCCAGCCCUCCCAGUGGACACUUGCGCACCAACUCUCGGAUGAGGACUCCCAGUGUGAGCUCCAAAACCGUCCCGGAUAGCCCAAGUCGGUUCUCCAUGAAGAAGGCGAAGGAGUAG